UUCUCCUCAUUCAACGUGUUUUGUCCUUGCUCUGUAUUAAAGUUGCAUUAAAUAGCUAGAUCUUACAAGAGCCAAGAUAUAACUCUUAAAUUAGCUAAUUUGGCAUCAGUAAUAAAGCCAAAUUAGCUAAUUCCCUGCUGAUUGAAGUUAUGGCAAUGCUAAGAAUGUUGAUGAGCUUGGCUGCUAUAGCCAUGCUGGUUGGUUCAGCCAUUGCUACAAAUUACACAGUGGGAGGUCCUAAUGGUGGAUGGGACCAAUCUACUGAUGUUCAAGCAUGGGCUGCAUCUAAAACAUUCUACGUUGGAGAUAAACUAAUUUUUUCAUAUGCUCUAAGCCAUUCUGUGCUUGAAGUCACAAAAGCUGGUUUUGAGUCCUGCCAGAUAACAUCUCCUAUUGCAAUUUAUACCGGAGGGAUGUCAGUCAUCACUCUAGCUACUGUAGGCAAGAGAUAUUUCAUAUGUGGAACUGGUGGACAUUGUAACGUAGGAGGAAUGAAGCUCGAAAUCAACACUCUUCCCAAGCCUUCUCCACCCCCACCAGCCAAACCGGCUACUCCACCAACAGCAACCCCCACAACUCCACCACCAUCAACUCCCUCAAGUCCACCACCAUCAACUCCUUCAAAUCCCCCACCAUCAUCUCCCAUGACUCCACCACCAACUCCCAAAACUCCAGCACCAUCGAACCCCACAACUCCACCAGCAUCAUCCCCUUCCACCACCCCAGUUGCUUCCCCUCCCUCUUCAUCGCCAUCUCCCAAGUCUUCAUCAGCACCCUCACCAAAACAGGCACCUAAAGUUUCCCCUGCAUUGUCACCUUCCAAGUCCUCCCAUGCUCACAGCCCUGUCAUGCCUCCUACUGGCGUUCCAACAUCCCCUUCUGUUGAAGCCCCAGGAUUGCCUCCUACUGUUGUUCCAACAUCCCCUUCUGUUGAGGCCCCAGGAUUGCCCCCUUCUGGUGCUUCUGCACCUACACCAUCUUCCCCGUCAUCGGCUCAUAAAAUCAGUGUGGUUACUGGUUCUACUGUGGGAUUUUGCUUUGCCAUUAUGCUGAUGUUUCUUCUUUAAGUCCUCAAACAAUAUUUUGAGGAUUUCAUUUUUCGUUUUAUUGUUGAUUUAAUUCUAUUUGUACCUGAUUUCCCUUAGUCCUGGUUGUCUUCUCAACAUAUUCCAUUUAUGAUUGAACAAAUUAUUGACUGUGAUAUAAUGAAUGUUACUUGAGUAUUUUUACCCAAA